UUCACGCUAUUAUCGUUGCCACCGCUGCCGCCCCUGCCGCUACCGCAAUCGGCGUUUCUGCCACCAUAUCAAAUGAAGGAACUAGAGAAGGGAAUAUCAGAAAGAUUGGGGGAGGAAGGAUUUGGGUGGUGAAAAGGAGGGGGAGAUUGAGUGUAGGGUGGGCUUGUGCUAUCAGUCUGG